UUGGAGGGGAAGACUGCAGCUUCUCCCGGCAGACAUGAAGCCAUACUUCUGGUUUGUCUUUGUCUUCUGCUUCCUAAUCAGACUUUUAAGAGGAGAAAUCAAUGGCUUGGCCAAUCACAGGAUGUUUUCAUUUCAAAAUGGAGGUGUGCAGAUUUCUUGUGAAUACCCUGAGAUUGUCCAGCAGUUAAAAAUGCGGUUGUUCAAAGAUAAAAAAGUCCUCUGUGACCUCACCAAGACCAAGGGAAGCGGAAAUGUGGUCUCAAUCAAGAAUCCGGUGUUCUGUCCAUAUCAGCUGUUCAACAACAGUGUCUCUUUUUUCCUAAACAACCCAGACAGCUCCCAAGGCAGCUAUUACUUCUGCAGCCUGUCAAUUUUUGAUCCACCUCCUUUUCAAGAAAAGAACCUUAGUGGAGGAUAUUUGCGUGUUUAUGAAUCUCAGCUCUGCUGCCAGCUGAAGCUCUGGCUACCUGUAGGGUGUGCAGCUUUUGCUGUGGUACUCCUUUUUGGAUGCAUACUUAUCAUCUGGUGUGCAAAAAAGAAGUACGGAUCCAGCAUGCAUGACCCUAAUAGUGAAUACAUGUUCAUGGCGGCAGUCAACACAGCCAAAAAGUCUAGACAUGCAGGUACAACACCCCCUAGGGCUUUGGGGAGGAAAGAACACUCUUCAUGUUAAGACUGGAAUUAAUUUGUUUAUUUCUACUUUUUAAAGAAGAAUUUUUUUCCUAAGGAUAAUUUUAGUAUUUUAUGUAAAAGUUAGAAUUUUCACUUUAACUGGGCUUGUGUACUCUGUAGUAUAUUAAAAAUAAUGUUUGUGAAUUGCUAUUGAUAAUAAAUUAU